CUCAUACUUCCCCCACACGACAUCCUCCCUAUUCACGCUAUUCACACACUACCACACACCACUGACUAAUUCAACAAACACAUGUAAACAUUAUUCAAAUAUAUAUAUAACAAUUGUGCAUGUGUAAAUACGUGUGGGAAGAAUCGACAGUCGGCCAUCUUGGUGUUAAGAACAAGUCGUGGUUUUCGUGUCUGAAAACUUGUCUCUCUCCUACACAAGAAUUUUAGUUAUAUCUCUUGACAGCCGAGUGUAAAUUCCAUCAUCAGAAACUUCAUGUCGUCGAUAUUAUUGUCAAUGUUAACCACCAAUUAUCGUUAUCAAUGAUAACAUUAUUAAAUUAAUAGCUAACAAAUACAAGUCACGUGGAUAAAAUAAUUGUUUUUUUUUUUUUUUUUUUUCUUCUUUUUUUGUGUUCACAUCACCUCAUUAGUAAAUUAUUCUUACAUUGUGUUUCAACGAUUAAAAAACUUUAUUUAUUUUCAUAUAUUGUGUGUGUGUAAAAAAAAAAAAAAGUAUAGGUAUAAUAAAGUUAAUUUUAAUAAUAAUAACAGUGUGAAAAAAAAAUAAAUGAUAAUAGUGGUUAAUUGUUAAAGUGUUAAUUUAUUUAUUUUAUAUUUUUUUUUAUUUUUAAAAAGUUAAAUAUUAUAAAUAAUAAACUAAUAUUUAAAAAAUGGAUACGCCAAGAGAGCGAGAAAUUGCUGCUGAAGACAGCAUUAAAGUUGUUUGUAGAUUUAGACCUCUAAAUGAUUCUGAGGAAAAAGCUGGAUCAAAAUUUGUCGUUAAAUUUCCAUCUGGUGGUGAUGAUAAUUGCAUAUCAAUUGGAGGAAAAGUAUAUUUGUUUGACAAAGUAUUUAAGCCAAAUGCAACUCAGGAUAAGGUUUACAGUGAAGCUGCAAAAUCAAUUGUCAGUGAUGUGUUGGCUGGUUACAAUGGUACAAUUUUUGCCUAUGGACAAACAUCAUCAGGUAAAACUCAUACAAUGGAAGGUGUUAUUGGUGAUCCAAAUAAACAAGGUAUUAUUCCUCGUAUUGUCAUGGAUAUAUUUAAUCACAUUUAUGGAAUGGAAGAAAAUCUUGAAUUUCAUAUAAAAGUAUCAUACUUUGAAAUUUAUAUGGAUAAAAUACGUGAUUUAUUGGAUGUAUCAAAAGUAAAUUUGAGUGUACAUGAAGAUAAAAAUCGUGUACCAUUUGUAAAAGGUGCAACUGAACGUUUUGUAUCUAGUCCAGAAGAAGUAUUUGAUGCAAUUGAAGAAGGAAAAUCAAAUCGUCAUAUUGCUGUUACAAAUAUGAAUGAGCAUAGUUCACGUUCACAUUCAGUUUUUUUAAUAAAUGUUAAACAAGAAAAUUUAGAAAAUCAAAAAAAAUUAUCUGGUAAACUUUAUCUUGUUGAUUUAGCUGGUUCUGAAAAAGUAUCUAAAACUGGUGCUGAAGGUACUGUACUUGAUGAAGCUAAAAAUAUUAAUAAAUCAUUAUCAGCACUUGGUAAUGUUAUAUCAGCUCUUGCUGAUGGUAAUAAAACACAUAUACCAUAUCGUGAUUCAAAAUUAACAAGAAUAUUACAAGAAUCAUUAGGUGGUAAUGCACGUACAACAAUAAUAAUAUGUUGUUCACCAGCAAGUUUUAAUGAAUCUGAAACAAAAUCAACACUUGACUUUGGUAAACGUGCUAAAACAAUUAAAAAUGUUGUUUGUGUUAAUGAAGAAUUAACAGCUGAAGAAUGGAAACGUCGUUAUGAACGUGAAAAAGAAAAAGCAGCAAGAUUAAAAGGUAAAGUUGAAAAAUUAGAAUCUGAAUUAUCACGUUGGCGUCAAGGUGAAACUGUUACUCCAGAUGAACAAGUUAAUCUUGUUGAAGGACCAGAAAUGGUUGUAUCUGUUGUUGCACCUGUUGAGGUUAAAGGUACUGAUGGUCCAAUGCCAGCAAUACCUGGUGGUGGUCUUAUGGCUGGUUCAUUAUCAAAUGAAGAAAGACAAAAAUUAGAAGAAGAAAGAGAACGUCUUUAUCAACAACUUGAUGAAAAAGAUGAAGAAAUUAAUCAACAUUCACAGUAUCUUGAAAAAUUAAAAGAACAACUUGAAGAACAAGAAGAACUUAUUGCAAGUGCUAGAAGAGAUUAUGAACAUUUACAACAAGAAAUGAGUACAAUUAAUCAAGAAACUGAAAGUGCCAAAGAAGAAGUUAAAGAAGUACUUCAAGCACUUGAAGAACUUGCUGUUAAUUAUGACCAAAAAUCACAAGAAGUUGAAAUAAAAAAUAAAGAACAUGAAGCACUUACAGAAGAACUUUUAAGUAAACAAACAUCACUUAAUAAUACAAUAUCUGAACUUCAACAACUUAGAGAUAUGUCAACUCAUCAACGUAAACGUACUGCUGAAAUGUUGAGUAAUUUAUUAAAAGAUUUAGCUGAAAUUGGCCUUGCAAUUGGUGGUGAUGAAACAUUAAAAAAUCAAAUACCAACUGAUUCAAAUGGUAAACUUGAAGAAGAAUUUACUGUUGCAAGAUUAUUUAUUAGUAAAAUGAAAUCUGAAGUUAAAAAUCUUGUUCAACGUUGUCAAGGAAUGGAAACAUUUCAAAAUGAAUCACACAAAAAAAUAUCUGAAAAUGAAAAAGAACUUGCUGAUUGUCGUUUAUUAAUAUCACAACAUGAAGCAAGAAUGCAAACUCUUACUGAAUCAAUGAAAGAAGCUGAGGCAAGAAAAAGAGCACUUGAAGAUGAUGUUGAUUCACUUCGUGAAGAGUGUGCCAAGUUAAAAGCUGCUGAACAAGUUCAAGCUGUAAGUGAUAAAGAAAAUGCUGAAGAAAAAGAAGCAGCAACUAAAAUGAGAGUUGCACUUGAAGAACAAAUGGAUCAACUUCGUGAUGUUCAUCAUCGACAAGUUUCUACACUAAGAGAUGAAAUAUCAGAAAAACAAGAAACAAUCAGUGAGCUUAAAGAUCUUAAUCAAAAAUUCACAUUGGCCCAUCAACAAAUGCAAGCUGAUUAUGAAAGACUCAAGCAGGAAGAAGCUGAAAAAUCAGUUAAAUUACAAGAACUUAUACAAAUGAAUGAACGUCGUGAACAAGCGAGAAAAGAUCUUAAAGGUCUUGAGGAUACUGUAGCCAAAGAACUUCAGACAUUGCAUAAUUUACGUAAAUUAUUUGUACAAGAUUUACAAGUAAGAAUUAAAAAAUCAGCAAAUGCUGAAGACAAUGAGGAUGAUGGUGGUUCAUUGGCACAAAAACAAAAAAUUUCAUUCCUUGAAAAUAAUCUUGAUCAGCUUACCAAGGUACAUAAACAAUUGGUUAGAGAUAAUGCUGAUCUUAGAUGUGAAUUACCCAAAUUGGAAAAGAGAUUGAGAGCUACAAUGGAACGUGUAAAAGCCCUUGAGACUGCACUUCGUGAUGCCAAAGAAGGUGCAAUGAGAGAUCGUAAACGUUAUCAAUAUGAAGUUGAUCGUAUCAAAGAGGCUGUACGAAUGAAAAAUUUAGCCAGACGUGGUCCAAGUGCACAAAUUGCAAAACCAAUUAGAGCUGGACAACAUAAUGUUGGUGGAGUCAAUGCAAUCAGAACUGGAAAUAGAGAUGUUGAGGCUCAACCCCGAUCGUGAAUGUAACCUGACACAAUUAAACAAAUAAAUCAAUAAAUAACAAAACAAACAAAAAAAAAUUCUUCACUUUUACAGAGAAUGAACGCAAGAGUACAUUCGCUGACGAGAAAAGAAUGAUACCCGAAAUGGAUCUUAUUUAUAAUUCUUACACAUAAAUAAUAACGAUAUAAUAUUAAACAAUAAGGGUCCUAGACGUAUAUUGUAUUUUGCAACGAGCACCAUCCGUUUUUUUUUUUUUUUUUUUUUUAUUAUUUAAAAAUAAAAUGAACACACAGAAAGAAAAAAAAUUUCAAAAGCAACAAAAAAAAAAAAAAGUUACGUCAAGCAUGAUAAAUGCUACGAAAUAUAUAAUAAGUAAGUUAUCGUGUAAUACUGCAUGUCUUAUCGAUUGUAAAUAGAUGAUUUUUUUUGAUAAAUUAUUUAAUUUAAAAAAAAAACACAAACAAUUUAAAAAAGUGAAAUAAAUUACGCAAAAUAAUGCGUGAAAUAAAAAUAAUCUUGUUCGAUUCAAGAUGAAAUUUAAAAAAAAAAAAAAAAAUAUUGUUUAAUCAUUAUAUUUGUAACAAAUGUCGAUCCAUUAUCAUUUCUGAAGUCUCAAUAUAUCGUUAAAUCUCAUGAUUCAUCAAAUAAUGUAGAUUUAAAACUCACACAAUAAUAAAAAAAAAAAAAAAAUCAUAUUCUUGUCACUGAUAUUACUAUUUUUUUUUCUUGUAAGUAUAAUUUAUGGGGGGGUUUUAAUUUAAAAUAUUAAUUGUUAAUAAAAUCAAGAAAAUAGAUGUAUGGAUAAAUAUUUUCACUGAUAAUUCACACAAAAUACAGCCGUCAAAAAACCAUUUAUUAUUUUAAUUUUUUUUUGUUUUUUAUUAAUAAAGUUGAAAUGUUUCAACGAAUCUAAUGAUAUUUUCUCAAAUAAUAACAAAAUGAUUUCGAUUUGACAUGCAGUGAGGUUUAAAAAAAUUUUAGAUAUAAUAUUGUGACUUAUGUGUAUUUAUAGUCGCCGAAAAAAACGAAAAACUAUAAGAAAAAAAAAAAUAAACGAAAAGAAAAAUAAAGUUUUUCGUUGGUGAGAUUGUAAUUGGGUGAUUGGCAGAGGAUCCAAUAACGACGAAUUAAAAUUAUUUAAUAUUUUUUAACGGAGGGCACGCUUAGCUAUUAAGUGUUUAUGCCAAUUCCAUUGUGAUUUUUUUUCAAUUCAAAUUUUUAAAUCGUCUCAAUGGAUCUAUUAUUAUUAAUACUAUUAUUAUUUUUUAUUUUUUCAAAUUCAUUCAUUUUCAUCAAAAGCUUAUUUGAAAAAACAAACCUUUUUCUACUUUUAAAAAUUUACGUAAUUCAUUGUCAUAUAGAAAAAAAAAAAUAAUAAUAAUAAAUAAAAUGUUGCUUUGCAAUAUUUUGAUGUUUAAAUUUUUUGUUUUCUUCGUCAAGUUUAUGAAAUUGUUCUCUGCCAAAUUCGGAGGAUAUACUAUAAAAGUGCGUGAAAAAAAAAAAACAAUUCAAUAAAUUUAAUUUAAUGCUUUAAAUAUUUGACUGCUAUUAUAUUUUAUUCAUGUAAUUUUGUAACUUACGAGCCAACGUACUUGAAUUUUUUUUUUUAUUAAUAACACAAUAUGGUAUCGUAAGUUAUGAAAAAAAAAAAAAAUGCCUGCACGAAA